AUGAUGGGAGAGAAAUCGCGGCGGAUUAAAAAGAAGAAAACGGCCAAGAAAAUAAUUUUCUCGGACAUUUGGAGGUUCUUUUUGACCAACACCAGCAUACACGGAUGUAAAAGAAUAUCGGACAAGAAAAUAUCGCUACUAGAAAAGGCAUUGUGGAUCACGUUUUCGCUAGUUUCAAUCGUACUCACGUUCAUCAUUUUGCAAACAUUGUGGAACGAUUACGUGAAUAAUCCGAUAUUCAUAGCGCGCGAUCCCGUUGAUAUUCCCGUAACGGAAAUCAGUUUUCCCGGUGUGGCGAUUUGCAACAUCAAUAAAAUCAGCAAGAAAAGAGCGCUUCGCUUCGCCGAAACUUUACAUUCGCAACAUUCGUUCAUCAGGGAAAAAUUCCACACCGUAUCCGACCUAGCCGAAGCCCUAAGACUCCUAGCGAAUCUCUACGAUUACAGCGACAUUCGCGUCGAUAUCGCCCAAACUCUACAAGAUAUACUCGAAAAAUACGAUAAUUUAACCGACGACGUCAAUCUGGUGAAAAGGUUGAUACAUUUGGCUCCCGCCUGCAACGAGAUAUUAGAAAAGUGCAAAUGGGGCGGCAGAGAUUACGAAUGUCGCGAUUUGCUGUUCACGAGAGAGACUUUCGACGGUUUCUGUUGCGUUUUUAAUUACGUCAAGCGACGCAAAGGGGCGGCUAAACUAAUCCACGAAACCGCCGACACUGUAAGAAAUCCUUACAACGGUGCAGGGCAAGGUAUAGAUAAAGGUUUGCAAUUGACUUUGAAGAAUAAUUUAGAGGAUUAUUUCUCGACUACGUUAGAGACAAACGGGUAUAUCGUAUCGAUCUUUAAUCCUAGAGAUUACGCGGAUAAGAGCAGCGGAUCUCUGACGGAAAUUGUAGUUAAUGCUGGUACAGAAGUAUUCGUUUCCAUACAGGUAUCUGUUGUUAAUUCGCAACAAUCCAUAAGGAUGUUCCCUUGGAAAAUGAGAAAAUGUAUAUUUAACGAUGAGAUUCAUACGGAAUACGGGGAUUUUAGAAACAGCGACUGCUUGGCAGUAUGUAAAAUGAAAGCGAUGAAAAACCUUUGUCAAUGCGUCCCCUUUUUCGAUCCAAUAGGCGAUUACUCGUUCUGCAGACUCACCGAUUUACCUUGUUUAUCCAAUUUCUACAGAAAAUGGACGAGUUAUUACCCGACUGGCGAGUCAUCUCCUAGUUUGAAUUUCGAAAGGGAGGACUCCAUUAAUUGCGAACAUUGCCUACCGGCUUGCAAUGAUCAGAUUUAUCACGUUUCUGUCGAUACCUCGCCGAUUAAAAUUAAUUCUAAUAACAAAACGUACGUAAACGUUUACUUUCAACAUCCAUUCGGUGCUGCGUAUAACCGACGAUUGACGCAAGAAUGGUACCAAUUAUUGAGUAACUUUGGAGGAUUCAUUUCGUUGAUAAUGGGCUUGAGUUUCAUAAGUUUCGCUGAAAUACUAUUGUUGGUAUUAAAAUUGAUCGUUUAUUAUUAUAAUCGAAUAAUUAAUGAUACAAUAUAA